ACGGAUAUGUUUAUUUGAUUAUUGGUCAUUUCAAGCAUAGUGGUCAUUUUUUAUUCAGAGGUCAUUUUAAAGCUCAUUGUUUCAUAAAGGUAAAUUGAAUUACUUAUAUGACAUGUAAACUAUAAAGAGACUCAUUCAAGCUAAUUUUUAGUAUUUUGAUCAUAUUAUCUGUACACACACAGCACAGAGCACUUUGGGACCCAAACAGUCAGAAAAUAAAGUCUCAACGGCACAUGAGGUCUUAAGGAAGCUCAAAUUUCUCAUUGCUGUGUCUGGAUCAGUGUGUGUGUGUGUGUGUAGGGUGUGGUCAAGACAAUGACGUUGUUUCACCAGUCAACGGCUCAUUCAGUGGAGGAACUCAUGGCUCACACUACACUCUCCCACUGCCUCUUUGCCUUCGAGAGCACGGGGCAGGCAAGUCUGACUCCAGAGGCACUGAAAUACUUGCAUGGAUCUGUUUUUUGGAGCACACAUGCUUACAUUGAUGAGCUCCAUUCCUUUACCCUGCUAAUUCAAAGAAGCUUGGAGAACUUUGAGAAGAAGUUCCAAGAAGGUCUACAGCAGGAGUUUCAGCACUUCUCUGGCAGUAAUGAACACAGAAAAACCAAACUGUACUGAUUGUCUGAGUGUGCACCAGAACGGUAGCACAGCAAUCAAAACCUGUAAUGAACGUCCGAGCGUGGAUCCGAACAGUGACCAGACCAUCAGUGCGAUGAUGUUCGCAGCUGGAGUUCUCGGGAACCUGGUUGCGUUGGUUCUCCUGGAGUUCCGCAGGAGGAAAGAGAAGAACCGGCAGCAACAGUCUCUGUUUCAUUUGCUGGUGACCACGCUGGUGAUUACAGAUCUAAUGGGAACCUGCUUGAUCAGUCCCCUGGUGCAGACUGCAUACUUAACCAAAACCACACUAGUUGGGAUGAGCGAGACACGUUCGGUGUGUGAAUAUUUCGGAUUUGCCAUGACUUUCUUCAGUCUGGCGACGCUCUCCAUCCUCCUCGCCAUGGCACUGGAGCGGUGCCUCUCCAUCGGGUACCCAUACCACUAUGGGAGGCAUGUCACCAAACGCUGCGGAUACAUCACCAUCCCUUGCAUUUAUCUAGUCUGCUUUUUAUUUUGCUUAAUGCCAUUUGCAGGCUUUGGGAAAUAUGUGCAAUACUGUCCUGGGACGUGGUGUUUUAUUGCCAUGAAUCCAGAGCGGAUUAAGGACAGGGUGUUUGUCAACAUUUAUGCCACUGUGAUGCUGUUCAUUUUUACAGUUACAGUGGCAUGCAACUGCUUUGUAGUUUACCAUCUGGUGUUAAUGUACCGGAGGCGCAAAAUGAACCGAGGAUCAGUGCAGACCCGGAGUAAAAGGGACAGGAGGUACUUCUCAUGGGCAGAGGAGGUGGGACAUCUCAUUCUCCUGGUCUUCAUGACAGUCAUAUUUGUCAUUUGUUCCCUGCCAAUAAUGAUCCACGUGUACAUCAACUCCAUGGGAAACUCUAAUGACCUCAUAGCUCUGCGGUUCCUCUCGGUCAACUCCAUCAUUGACCCCUGGGUCUUCAUCUUCCUCAGCCCCUCAGUUCUGCACUUCCUGGGGGGGGUGCUUUGCAAGACCAGCUUCAUGCCCUCCAGAAACUCCCUGUUCAAAACUUCCAUUUCCAAAAACCCAACCUGCCAAAUCGAGCUGUACCAACACACUUGCACCUCUGUGGAGACCACACACCUCAACAAGUCAAUCGUUCAGAUGAUCUGAUGUGAUGAGGACAGUAUUUAUGGACUGGAUAGAUCCAUCUAAAAAUCAAUAUGCUUUGGAAGACAACGUUAUGAUUACGUUCUUUGACAGCAUUCUCUUUUAACUGAAUGAAAUAAAGCCAACUGUGAGGUCAAAAGCAUAAGUUAUGUUCCAUCAACCACUACAAUAAUUGUUUUGAGACUGAGGGCCCUGUCAACAUGCGAUCUCCAGAAGAACUUGACAAACUUUCAAGGCAUAUUUAGCGGACAUUCAAUCAAGGAGGAUAUUCCAGUUUUUAAGAAGUUAUUCAGUGUUUGGAUUUUUGGAAGUUUUGGAAGACAGAGGAACCAUCCUGAAGCUACCAUUCCACAAUCAUUGCUGAUCUAGGUUUCCUUUUUAGGAGGGUCGUGCUUUCAGACAGGUUAAUGGUUAAAUGGCAUGUUGUCCCAUGCAGUAUGUCACUUUGGACACUUUUGUGGUCAAGUGAAUCAUGUGACGAGGUUUCCUGCAUUUUAAGUCAAGCAGUUCUUCAAGUGUUACAUAUGAAAGCUGCCUGCUUGUAUUUAUAUUAUCAACAUAUUUAUUGCUCUUUAAUUUAUGUUGAUACAACAAUAAGUGAGUGACAUAUAUGUGUCUUCAUACAUAUAGGCUGACGUGAUUCAAUGCUUAUUGGUCACUUCUUUCAUGUGAGAGAUUUUGAUUGUAUAUAAUUAGUAUAAGCAUAUAAGCAUGAUGACAUGCAUGGUACCGUUCAGUAGCUACAGACCUAAUCUUUGUGUCAAGAUAAUUGUUUUAUGGAUGUCUUGAAUGUACUUGUGAUAUAAUGUGACUUGUGUUGUCUAUGCAUGUAAUUUAUGAUGUGAAAUUGUCUGUUAAACGUAAACACAUCAUAUCCGUCCAAAUGCACUGUGAAAACGAGCUAAUCACUAAAAGAUCAGAGUCUGAGGCAGGAUUGUGUGUGAUUUUAACUUCCAAUACAGUUCCUGAAUUUGAAUUAUAUAGGCAAACAGAAUGCAGAGUGCAUUUUGAAUUUUGAAUUAAGGACGUAGAAUUAAAAUGAAUACAACAUAUAAUAAUAAUAAUAACAAAAUCCCAUGACUGAAUAUUUUUAACUAGAAAAGCAAUUUUUGCCAAGACAAAAUCUGAGUUUGGGCUUGACAGUUUUGGAGAAAAUCAAACAAACAAACAAUCAAAAUAAAAAAUAAAAACAAGAAUUGAAAGCAAGCCAAUUAGUAAGCUAAUUCUGAAUUUUGCCCAAACCUGUUCAGGACUCACGCCUCUUAAUAAAGAAAGAAAAAAAGCAUGCAUACUCUCCCUGAGGCCAUAAAUGAGUAUGCAAACACUCAAAUGAUUGUCUAGUGCAUUGCUUGCAUGUGGUCCUGUUGUACAUAUUAAUGGUUCUUGCAUUACAGUGCUGUGAUAAACACAUGCCUUAAGGAGAAAGGUUUCCUUGCCAUCUGUUUUCAUUUAGGUUAGUUUAGGUUUACUGCUCCACCACGACAGCAAUUGACCUAAACUGACCAUGAAAGGAAAAAGGUUUAUCGCAAUCACACUUUACGGAAUGUAAUUACAUGUAUUAAUAUGAGAAGCUAGAAACAUUUGCAUUUUUUUAUCCUUGGUCCACCUACAUGCUAGAGUAACCACUGAUACACAGGAAUGUCUAACAUGAUUGAGGUUGUGAAAGAAGCCAGUUAUGCCAAAUCAAGCACAACUCCACUCACUCUUUUUAUUGGUGAACAG